AUGGUUCUCGAGGCGACGGUGGUGUGUGUGGACAACUCUGAAUGGAUGCGAAAUGGCGAUUACGCGCCGUCGCGCUUCCAAGCGCAGGCCGACGCCAUUAAUCUCAUCUGCGGCGCCAAGACGCAGUCGAACCCGGAGAACACGGUGGGCAUUCUGACGAUGGCGGGUAAGGGCGUGCGUGUGCUCGUCACCCCCACCGCCGACCUGGGCAAGAUUCUCUCCACCAUGCACGGUCUGGAGGUGGGGGGAGACACGAAUCUGCUGUCAGGCUUGCAGGUGGCGCAGCUGGCAUUGAAGCACCGGCAGAACAAGAACCAGCGCCAACGCAUCGUGCUCUUCAUUGGCAGCCCUGUAGCGGCAGAUGUGGAAACAUUGGUGAAGGCGGGGAAGCGGCUGAAGAAGAACAACGUGGCGCUGGACGUGGUGAGCUUUGGGUGGGACGGCGAGGACGAGGAGAAGCAGGCCAAGCUGGAGGCGCUGCUGGGCGCCGUCAACAGCAACGACAACUCGCACCUCCUGCACGUGCCGCCCGGCCCCGCUGUGCUCUCUGACGUGCUCAUCAGUUCCCCUGUAUUCACGGGAGACGGGGAAGGAGGUAGCGGAUUCGCAGCGGCAGCGGCCGCAGGGGCAGCAGCGGCAGCUGCAGCAGGGGGCGGCGGGCUGGGUGGCGACUUUGACUUUGGCGUUGACCCCAGCGUUGACCCGGAGCUCGCCCUGGCCCUGCGCGUGUCCAUGGAGGAGGAGAGAGCCCGCCAGGAGGCUGCUGCUAGGAAGGCUGCCGCUGAGCAGCAGGCUGCUGGGGGUGCUGGGGGUGAGGGAGGGAGUGGAGGGGAGGGUGGGUCGGGAGAGGGGGGGAAGGGGGAUGUGGCGAUGGGCGAGGGGGAGAAGAAGGCGGAGGAGGGGCGGGCCACUGCUGCUCCUGCUGCUGGUGAUGUUGCGAUGGACGACGAGACAGCGCUGCUGCAGCAAGCACUGGCCAUGUCAAUGGCAGCAGGGGCAGCAGGAGGGGCGGGAGAUGCUGCCAUGCUGGAUGCUGCUGCUGGAGGGGAGGAUGCUGAGCUGGCACUCGCCCUGCAGCUGUCGAUGCAGGAGGCAGCAGAGGAAGGCAAGAAGGAGGCUGCAGCGGCAGCAGCAGGGGUGGCAGGUGAAGCACCAGCAGCAGGAGCAGCAGCGGCAGCGCCUGGAGACGUGGACAUGAGUCAAGUGUUGGGUGAUGCUUCCUUUGUCAACUCCAUUCUCUCCUCGCUGCCAGGGGUGGAUCCCAAUGACCCCUCUGUGCGGGACGUGCUCGCCUCUCUCGCCCCCUCCCAGCCCCCCAAGGGGCAACGGGAGGCAGAUGUGAAGGCAAUGGAGACAUGCGCUGAACAGGUGCACAGGCAGAACCAAGUCUCUGGCAGCAUAUGCGGCUGCAUGGAGUGCACUGCAAUAUCUCCCCCGCCUCCUGCCAGUGUGGGUUGCAUGGGGACAGUGGAGAGAGGGGGGAUGUGA